AUGAGCGCUAACAUCAAACACUUCGUCAACUCCAAUUUCAUCAAAAAGAUGUUCAACGAGUGUAAUAUAUCCGAGGAGGAUCCAGUAAUAACAAAAAAUUAUGCAGUGGAAAUGAGGGACGCCUUCAUCACAUAUUUCAUUGUGAUGAACAUUCGGCGCUCAAAGGAGCUCACCUCGGUAACUCUUGGCGAGUUCAACAAUGCCACAUUAGUUAGAAAUAAGAAUGGUGACUCGAGAUAUGUUGUGCGCAUUCAUGUGCACAAAACACAACAACAAGGUAAGAAUAUUUCCAUUUAUCAUAAUGAACUAAUUCAUUUACUUUUCAGCAUUCUUUAUAGAAUAUUUGUUUUGUUUCCUUAA